AUGUCAGAAGACAAAGAAGUCAAGCCAGUUCACGGCAUGUUCGCUGUUCCAGCUCCGCCAACGUUUGACUUCGACCGGACGUCUGAAUGGCCUUCCUGGAUCCAACUAUUCGACGACUACCGCUUUGCCUCUGGCUUAAAUGAGCGAAGUGAAGAAGCGCAAGUCCGGACUCUACUCUACACAAUGGGCAAGCAAGCGAGAGAGAUCUUUUCGACCUUCGAACUAUCCGAACAACAGCAGAAGCAGUAUGAAGUCGUCAGAAAAAAGUUCGACGAUCACUUCGUGGCCGCACGGAACCUCGUUUACGAGAGCGCAUGUUUUCACCGACGCAUACAACAACCUGGAGAGUCAGUCGACCAAUUCAUCACCGCGUUGCACACACAGGCGGACCGGUGCGACUACAAGGAAAAGGAACGCAUGAUCCGCGACCGGUUUGUAGUCGGCCUCAGCGAUGCCAAGCUCUCGGAGUCUCUGCAAAUGGAUGCAAAUUUGACACUCGCCAGCGCUUUGGCAAAAGCUCGCUUGAAGGAGACCGUCCAACGACAGCAGCAACAGCUGCGAGAAACCAGCGACGAACCUUCGGCAGCGCCAGCCAGCAACCUGGACGCGAUCAACAAACAACGGCAGCCCCGGAAGAAUUCUUCAGGACAGCGUUCCGGCACCUCGUCAAGGACCACUGCACCUAUCACACAAGGUCAACGCACCAGACCACAGUCCUACCGACCUCUCACCCCCAGUUCAUGCCCCAACUGCGGUCAAGGAGAGCACCCGAGGACCUCCUGCCCGGCACGAGCUGCGAAAUGCAACUACUGCGGUUGUUCCGGACAUUUCGCAGUGGUGUGUCGGAAAAAGGCUGCAGGCGAGCGAAAGAAGGAAUACAAGUUGUUUGCUCGCAACUACGGUUUUCGCGCUGUGACGUCUAGCCCCAGGUACCCCCAGGCUAAUGGUGAAGUGGAGAGGAUGGUCCAGACAAUUAAAGGUCUCAUUACAAAAGCGAAGGACCCAUAUCUUUCUCUCCUAGCGUACAGGGACACUCCGGGGCUACUUGGGAAAAGCCCUGCAGAACUUCUAAUGGGCAGGCGGCUACGCACAACGGUGCCUGUCCGUCCCACCAGCCUUCGGCCUCAGACGGUGAACCUGAGAAAGUUCAGAAGCCAUGAUACGACUGCCCGACAGCGGCAGCGUAGGAACUUCAACCGUCGUCAUAGGGCUACUUCGUUGCGACCACUCGAACCGGGCGCGGAAGUCUGGGGCAAAGCCACGGUUACGGACAGCAUAUUUCGGGACUGCAGUAAGAGACUCAACUCUGAGCGCCGGCUUCUUGCCAAGAAGAACAAGAAAUUCUUCGACGUCCGGCAUCGCAGCGGACCGCCCACGGAGGACCUGUCAACGCCGAAAGCGGCCCAAGGCACGCCCGAUGGUAGCUGGCCUUUCGAAGUGAACAGCCGAAGUCUUGUGUCUUCCAUAAGCCGCGACCUUAUCCCUUCGCGUCAGGUGCCAGACUUCGGCCAGCUCGGAGGCGUCCCCGAGCAGGGGCGAAGGGGUCGCGAGCAGCUGCCGCUUCAGCACCGCCACACCGGCUCCGCUCAGCAGCUGCGGCAGUGGAGUGCAGAGGCCACGCCGCUUCCUGGCGCGAUCGUGCCGCUCCGGCAGCCUUCGUCAAUCGCCACAUCGCACGACAUCAUCAAGCCUCUCAUCUCCAGGUGCGAUGGCAUCGCCGAGGUCGAUUAA